AUGGAUAUUUUUCGUCGGAGAACUACCUUGGUCAUCCAUGAUCUGCUGGUUGCGACCCGGCUCGGACAAAAACAGCUCUUUUCGACCCUUCCUUGUCGUACAAAUUUUCACUCACGUCCUCAAACAGCUGUUGGCAAUAAAGAAUAUCUCAACCAGGACUUUCUGUUUGAAUAUACCGCUGGGCGUUGGCUUUGGGGUGAAGAAGAACAGUUAGCAGCUCACUAUGUGAAAUUCGAUGUUACAGCUCUUUGCCAGGUGGCAGCGGACGCCGUUGGUUCCCGCUCAUGUACAAAUAUCACGAAGUUGCCAGAGGGGAACUUCAAUAAGGCACUCCUACUUACCAUGGAUGAUGGAAAAGAAGUAAUUGCAAAGAUACCAAAUCCCAAUGCUGGGCAUCCGCACUUCGUGACGUCCAGUGAGGUGGCAACAAUGGAAUUUGUCAGAAAUAGAUUACAUAUACCCGCACCAAAAGUAUACUUGUGGUGUUCAGAUGCUAGCAAAAGCAAAGUGGGUGCGGAAUAUAUUAUUAUGGAGAAAGCUGGAGGAAUUCCACUUUCGAAAAUCUGGGAUGAUAUAGAUGUCAUGCGGAAGUCGAAAAUUGUGGAAAAUAUUGUGUUGUUUGAAAAGUCUCUUGCGUUGAACCCGUUUCCUGCGUACGGCAGCUUGUACUAUGCCGAUGGCGAUACUACAGAAGGCUUUACAGAAAGUGGCUUCACUGUUGGCCCUACCAAUAACCGAAAAUACUUUGAUGACGGAAGACGCUCAUUAAACCUAGAUCAAGAUUACAUUGCUGCCAAUGUAAAGAGGGAACGUGUAUCAAUCACUUCCCUAGGCGCCUCCCCAAGGCUCCAGGGGAUUUUCAAUGGCCCUGGUUUCUAUCAUCCAUCAAAAACUGCAAAGCUCCGUGCAUUGGAUCUAUAUUUGUCUAUAUCAAAAUACAUUCUUCCCAAAAACAAAGAGACCCAUAAAGGUGUCCUAUGGCAUCCCGAUCUCCACACAGACAAUAUCUUCGUUGACCCGCAAGAUCCAACCAAGAUAACAUGCUUGAUUGACUGGCAAGCAGCUCAUAUUGCGCCCCUCUUCCUACAGGCUCGUCGGCCAGCAUUCCUAGAUUUCGAUGGCCCUAUCCCAGAAAGGCUUAAGUUCCCUUCCUUGCCAGAAAACUUCGACAAUCUGCAACCUGAAGAGAAACUUAAUACGAAGAAGCUCAGGGAUGAGCAAGCAUUAUAUGUCCUCUAUGAAAUUGAGUUGCUGCGGCAAUGCCGAGCCGCAGGGUCAGCAUUACAUGGUCGUGAUACGUUGGUGAGUCGGCUGACAGGUCUUGCUGGAUCACUUUUUACCGAUGGAGAGCCUGUAGUACUUGGCUACCUGAUGCAAGCCGUUGACAGAUGGGGCGAAAUAGCGGGACGGGAUGCCACUGGAGAUCCAGUUAUCCCCUGUUCUAUUACUUUCACAGAUGCGGAGAGGACUAAGCAACAGAUAGAUCAAGAGAAAUGGAAAAAAGGUGUCGAAUUGAUGGAUGAAGUCGUUCAAUCUUUGGGCGCAUAUAGUGGCUGGGAUGGAUUUGUGAGCCAUGACGACUACCAGGCUAGGAAGCAGCAAUUUAUUGCCUCGCAAGACGCUUUCUUGCAGCGUAUGGCUGGAUCAGACGAAGGCUCCGCGAUGCAAGCAAUAUCCCCCUUGAGGAGAUGAUAUCUAUUGGCGAUGCGAUAUUCCCAGGGGGUAAUGAUUGUCCAGCUAAGGAGAUUGGUCUAAAGACUGUCUGUGUUCGGGACCCGGAUGGAACGCUGGCUGCGAUUACUGCGAUCAUUGCAUGUCUGUCGUAAGAUACUACAUGAAGUAAAUAUCACAGGGAAAAAUCAAGAUUAAGAGGGAACACCCUCGAAUACUUCAGCUGGAAUAGAUACCUGAUAAAGAUUAAUCAAGCAUCACUGCGGACUUCAUCAACGCUUCCUUUACGGAGUAAUUAGCUAGUGAAUAGGUAGUUAACUCUCUAUUUUCCUCUGGUGCGUCGCUUCCUGCAUCAAUUGACCGCAAAACUACCUGCUAGGUAGUUAGAGAAUUAUGUAGCUAUUAUAAUAAUUAUAUAGAUCCAUGCAGC